AUGGCAAAUUUUAAGGGACACGCUCUUCCUGGCUCUUUCUUCUUCCUCUUUGGCUUCUGGUGGUCUGUGAAAUACUCGCUGAGAUACCACAGCAGGAGACUGAACAAAAACGGGCAUGGAAACAGUCGCUUCGGUCAUCUGGAUGUCAUUGAAGGGGCUGUCAGAACCAUUUGUGCAGUGAUCGGGAUGCUGGCUGAACAGUUCGUUCCAGAUGGUCCCCACUUGCAUCUCUAUGGUGGGCAAAAUAGAGACUGGGUGAAGCUGAUGAACUGGCAACACACGACCAUGUACCUGUUCUUUGGCAUCUCAGGGGUAGUGGAUAUAUUCACAUAUUCUUCAGCCAAAGUGCCCAUAGGAUUGGACCGCCUGAUGCUUUCUGUUGCACUCCUUGUUGAAGGCUUCCUCUUCUACUUCCACAUCACGCAACGGCCACCGUUGGAUCAACACAUCCACGCUUUGCUGCUCAUCGCCACCUUUGGUGGGGCCGCCGGCCUCCUGUUGGAGGUGUUCUUGCAAGAUAACAUCAUCCUGGAACUCUUUCGCAGCAGCCUUGCCCUCUUGCAAGGAACCUGGUUUUUUCAGAUAGGUUUUGUGCUCUACCCUCCAUGGGGAGGCCCAAGCUGGGAUGUUGCCGAUCACAGUAAUGUGAUGUUCAUCACCAUGUGCUUCUGCUGGCACUAUGCCCUCGCGAUCCUCAUUGUGGCCGUGAACUACACUGUCAUCUGCUGGUGA